UUAACAAAGGUCUACGCAUGGGAUCUAACAUAGAUUACGACUAAUUGUUGCUUUACAGAUAAGUUACAUGAAAAUAUAUAUUUUAUUUCUCAGCAUAAACAUCCAAUAUGUAUUUUCCUUUCAGCAAUAAACCAGCCCUCAAAUAGAAUGGACAAAUUCAGACUCCUUGAGUACAGUCGGAUUUAUAUAUUCAGUGUAGUAACAUAAAAAAAAAAAUCUUAAAUAUAUAAUCAAAGUAUAAAGUGACCGGAUUGGAAUUUAAAAACAAACUGCAAUCAAGACAAAAAGGUAAGCUUGAAAAGUUUUUUAGAUGCAGAUCUGUUUGGAAUUUUUCAAAAAGACAUAAUACUUUGAACACUAGAUACAGCUAAUAGUUUCAAACAUAAAUUCGGAAAAAAAAAACCAGGACCGUUUUAUACAAUGUGGGUAGACAUGUCCAAUACACUAAAAUCGAUCGAACCGUACAAAACCGAACCGAAAUAGAAAAUAUGGUUUGGUUUUGGUAUGUACCAUAUAAACUGAGUGGGUGUGAUUUUAUAACAACCGUAUGAUUUGGAUUUCGUUUGGUUUAUAACCAAUUAAACCGAAUAACCCGAACAAAACCGAUCGCAAAUAGCAACAUGUAAAUAUGUACAUAUUUUAUAUCGUCAAAUGAAAAUCUAUUUGUUAUAUAAGUUAUUUUUUCAUUACACUGCUCAUAUCAUAUUUUUAUUAGUAAUAAAGAAUCAUAAUUUGAAAAAUACUUAAAAUAUAAUUAAAAGACUGUCAUGGUUCUUUUUUCUUAGUCUUCUUCUUUUAAUAUUUUUUCUUUCUUUUACCAUAGAUUGAUGGAUCAUAACUCGAAAAAAACUUCCCAACUUUUUCCUUAUUUAUAAACGGACAAAGUUUCAUUUGAAGAACCAUGACUUUGAUGAACACUACUAGAACAUGAAAGAGUGGAAAAAAUUUUCUUUCAUGCUUUUCUCUGUUUUUUUUCCAAAUUUCGAUAUUUGAAUUGAAUUAUAGAUUUAAUUAUUUCAUCUGAAGGUAUAAGCGUUUUUAUUUUUUGCUCUUCUAUUUGAAAAUAUAAACCGAAACUAAAUGACUCUAAAAUUUAUAUAAUAUGAUCCCAAACUAAAUUAUUUUGUUUUGGUAUAAAAACGAAUAAACCGAAAACAGACGGUAUAUAAACCGAACCAAACCAAAGUUAAUAUGGAUUUAGAAUGGGAGUUAUAUUUUCUAACCGAAAUACCGAGAAACCGAAAAACCGAAUCGAAACCGAACCGAUAUCCGGAUCGAACACCCCUAAUUGUGGGACCCACAUGUUUUUAAUUAUUUCAAAUAGUUGUCCAAAAAAUAUUGAAUUUUUUUUUAAAAAAUGUACUGUUAUGGGUUCGUCUUUUAUUUUGUGGGCUUCGCCGUCUUCUACGAGAUUUUUCUUACAAGGGCGCUUCCUCUUCCCCAAUUUAUAUAUUACUGAUCAUUAUGACUCGAUCUCUGCCGUGUUCGCGAUUCCUCUACCUGUAACGUCUUCACCCCCUUCCUAUAUAUAUCAAUAUCGCCUACAGUCAGCUGCUCCCGUCCCUACCACCGCCGUCUAUACCGCCGCAGACGCUAACGCAGCCGUCACCUACUCUACGUUCAACAGUCUCCGCCUCGGUAGAUCCGCUCAGUCCAUUGUUGGUCGCCUCAUCCGGUUCUGGGAUACUCAUAACUUCAACAAAAAUGGAGACUUUAUGGGAAUAACUAUUCUCCUCCUCGAUGAACAGGACUCGGUGAUCAAUGGUUUCAUUCCCGCAAACCUCACCAGCCAGCUCCGGUCGUCUUUAAAAGCCGGUUCUAUUGUGAGAUUGGACGGUUUUGAAGUUGAUCAAAUCCCUCACAUGUACAAGAUCACUGAACAUCAGUUCGUGAUCCGUUUCAUCUCUUCAACCCGUAUUGAUGAAGUCUUCGCUGACGGUCCUGUAAUCAAGUCCGACAAAUUCAUGGUGAGGCGUAUUGACCAUCUUCAAGUGCUUGCCAACACCAACUUGGAGCUCUCAGAUGUUGUGGGUGAAAUACGGUCCGUCAAAGGCUCCGAUCUCCAGAACAACGCAGCCACAAGCAGAAUUGUUGUUCGCCUCUAAUCGAAAUGACUGUGACCGUCAACGUAUAUUUGUGGGACGAGGCUGCAUCAACUUUUAGGGGCCUCUUGAAAGCAGGAGACAAAUCUCAGUCCGUUGUGUUACUGACCUCAGUUAAUCCUAAACUGUUUGGAGGUAAGGACCAUGCGCCUUCUUAUUCAGUUGAAUGUGUGCAUAUAGUUUACUGCCAAAAACCUCUUACAUGCAAUCUUAGCUUAGAAGUGCUUUUCUAAAUCUGGUGAACUGUAUUUAAACUCCACACAAGGAACUUGGUUCUUCUUUGACACCGCCGUUCCUGAAAUAGCAGAGUUUGUCGGCAGGUAAUAAUAUCAUAUAUGUAACGGUCCGGUUCCUAGCCCAAAAAAAUUCUUAAGGAGAGACCGUUAGGACUGCAGCCCAUUAGGGUAAAUGACCUACGAUUCCCUCCUUUUCCUAUAAAUGAAGCUGCCUCCUCUUACUUUUCUCUCAUUCUGAAACUUGAGCGAAGCUCUGCAGAGAUUUAGAGAGACUAGGAAACCCUAGCCGUCAAGUUUCUCUUUUCAUUUUCUCUCUUCUUCUCUCACGCCUCUCUCUCUCUCUCUCUCUCUCUCUCUCUCUCUCUCUCUCUCUCUCUCUCUCUUUUCUCUUUCCAUUGGAUCUCUUCCACUCUCCUCGCCACGAGUCCCCUCGAGAGCAAGCCGAACAGCCGGUGGGGGUGGUGGUGGUCGUCCAAGUGGUGGUGGGGUGACCGUCCGAGUGUGGUGAUGGUGGUGGUUGUGUGGUGUUGUGGUGGUGGGGUGACCGUCUCUCUCUUGUUUACUUGUUUCAGAUCUGUUCAGAUCUCCUCUCCCUUGUCUCUUGUUUCCAGAUUCGGAUCCAGAUCUAGGCUAAGGUGGAGUGUCUUGAACCCAUCUUGUUCCCAUGUACUGUAUACUCCUUUAUGUUGGAGUUAGGUUUGAUUAGACCCUGUUUGAAAGUUAGGAUGAUAGAACAUGGUUAUUACUAGGUUGAUAGAUGAAUGGAUCAUGAUGCAUAAGAACCAUCAUACUGUUAAAUGGGACUUAAUGAACUGUCUUGUGUUGUUGUGGUGAUGAUUGAUUGGUAAUGGAUACUUGUAUGUUUGGAUGUGUAGUCCCAUGAGUGGUUUGUGAUUAAAGCUAGGAUGCUAGAAAGAAGUGAAUGCUAAGAUGAUAGAUGACUACUGAUUGUUAAUGAUACUGUAAGUGAAACCUGAGUGUGAUGUGUAUUGUGUGUGACACCGAUAACGGGUGGCGUCUAGUGAAUGAGUUCAAAUACGAGUCUAAGUGUAAAGGAAAGUGAAUGAGAAUGAGAAUGAGAAUGGAUAAGUGAAAGUGAAUAAGGAUGUGAAAGGAUAAGUGAAUGUAUAAGUGAAUAACGUUAAGGUUACGCAUGGGUUGGUAAAUCAUAUAGAGUCUAGAGGGAGUAUGUGGGGUAGUAGUUCUACGCUAGGCAUCCAUAGGAGCUGUGGUGGAAUCCACAAGAAUAUGGAGGCACCCAUAGGAGCUGUGGUGGAAUCCACAAGAAUAUGGGGUAGAAGUCUAGCGAGAGCUACCCACGGAGAAAGAAAAGAUGAGCCAGCCGCGAGAGGCGGGAUAUAAAAACGUGCAUUGUAGAGUCCUUAGUUCAUGGUCGGGUAUCUGGGUGCUAAAGGUGUCAUAAGAUUGAGUCGGUCUGGUAUGUCGAGUCGGUUAAGUCUAUGGUUUGACGUGUGUGACAAUGAGUGAGAUCAUUGUACUGAUUGAUCGCUAGGUUGUUAGAAAUGUAUAGAAUUGAAUGUGUGGAAAUAAAUGAUGAUGAUAUGAAAUGUUAAAAUGCAUCAACUGAUUGUAGUGGCUAGUCAGCCCUAGUUCCCGCAUAGAGUAGGAUAGAGUGUCAUGCGGGCAGGCUGGUCUAGAGUCACUUCACUGAGUAACUUGUUGCUCAUCCCUCCCUUUCCAUUUUCCUGUGCGCAGGACUGUAAGUAGAAGUAUAUGGAUGUGGGUGUGACGGUAUUUCAAAGAAGGUUAUGCGUCCGUCGACUCUUGGGACCAGUAACGGGACACAUAUGGUUGUCUAACUGAGUAGACACGUGUCCAUAACGCCCUUUCGAUAACCCCGGUCGGACGCUGGGGGAUCGGACCGUUACAAUUGGUAUCAGAGCGGGUUAAGAUCCCUUAGUUCUGUCGUAAAGGGUCAGCAUUUCCGACGUUUUCAAAAAAAAAAAAAAAAAAAAAAUUGUUUCAUUGAAAGAAAAGAGUUUGUGAAAGUUUUGAUUCUUCUAAGAGUUGUGAAACGAUUUAAAAACCACCCACCAUAUCUAUACGUCUAUUAUGGUUUUGAUCAGAUCCAUUUUACUUGCAGAUUUUUUUUUUCUAAGCUUAAUUCAUUCUUUGGUUUUAAACGAUCCUGAGCAAAGUUGUUCUCGCCUUAUAUGCUUCCCUUGUAUGAUAUGUGAUUGUGUGAGUCCAUUUCAAAAUCGGAUGUUAAGUUCGGAAGUUUAGGGCUUGGAAUUCGGGGACGAAUUUCGAUUAACAGGGGAGAAUUGUAACGGCCCGAUUCCUAGCCCAAAAAAAUUCUUAAGGAGAGCCCGUUAGGACUGCAGCCCAUUAGGGUAAAUGACCUAUGGUUCCCUCCUUUUCCUAUAAAUGAAGCUGCCUCCUCUUACUUUUCUCUCAUUCUGAAACUUGAGCGAAGCUCUGCAGAGAUUUAGAGAGACUAGGAAACCCUAACCGUCAAGCUUCUCUUUUCCUUUUCUCUCUUCUUCUCUCACGCCUCUCUCUCUCUCUCUCUCUCUCUCUCUCUCUCUCUCUCUCUCUCUCUCUCUCUCUCUUAUCUCUUUCCAUUGGAUCUCUUCCUCUCUCCUCGCCGCAAGUCCCCCCGAGAGCAAGCCGAGCCGCCGGUGGGGGUGGUGGUGGUCGUCCAAGUGGUGGUGGGGUGAUCGUCCGAGUGUGGUGAUGGUGGUUGCUGUGUGGUGCUGUGAUGGUGACCAGAUUUCGUCUCUCUCUUGUUUACUUGUUCCAGAUCUGUUCAGAUCUCCUCUCCCCAGGGCCGUGCCUGACUUUUACGGGCCCUCAAGCACAAAAUAUAUUUUUGGCCUUUCAAUUAUUUAUUAUGGAAAAACAUUAAAUUUAUGGGGCAAAGAAUCGAACACUCAACCCUUCGUAGGAAAGAAUUGGACAAAGACCAAUAGAACUAACUACACUUUGUUAAAAAAAUUGGCCCUUAAAAUACUUAUACACAUCAGGGCCCCAAGCAUGUGCUUGAUCAGCCUAUAGUCAGGCACGGCCCUGCCUCUCCCUUGUCUCUUGUUUCCAGAUCCGGAUCUAGAUCUAGGCUAAGAUGGAGUGUCUUGAACCCAUCUUGUUCUCAUGUAUUGUAUACUCCUUUAUGUUGGAGUUAGGUUUGAUUAAACCCUGUUUGAGAGUUAGGAUGAUAGGACAUGGUUAUUACUAGGUUGAUAGAUGAAUGGAUCAUGAUGCAUAAGAACCCUCAUACUGUUAAAUGGGACUUAAUGGACUGUCUUGUGUUGUUGUGGUGAUGAUUGAUUGGUAAUGGAUACUUGUAUGUUUGGAUGUGUAGUCCCAUGAGUGGUUUGUGAUUAAAGCUAGGAUGCUAGAAAGAAGUGAAUGCUAAGAUGAUAGAUGACUACUGAUUGUUAAUGAUACUGUAAGUGAAACCUGAGUGUGAUGUGUAUUGUGUGUGACACCGAUAACGGGUGGCGUCUAGUGAAUGAGUUCAAGUACGAGUCUAAGUGUAAAGGAAAAUGAAUGAGAAUAAAAAUGAGAAUGGAUAAGUGAAAGUGAAUAAGGAUGUUAAAGGAUAAGUGAAUGUAUAAGUGAAUAACGUUAAGGUUACGCAUGGGUUGGGAAAUCAUAUAGAGUCUAGAGGGAGUACGUGGGGUAGUAGUUCUACGCUAGGCAUCCAUAGGAGUUGUGGUGGAAUCCACAAGAAUAUGGGGUAGAAGUCUAGCGAGAGCUACCCACGGAGAAAGAAAAACUGAGCCAGCCGCGAGAGGCGGGAUAUAAAAACGUGCAUUAUAGAGUCCUUAGUUCAUGGUCGGGUAUCUGGGUGCUAAAGGUGUCAUAAGAUUGAGUCGGUCUGGUAUGUCGAGUCGGUUAAGUCUAUGGUUUGACGUGUGUGACAAUGAGUGAGAUCAUUGUACUGAUUGAUCGCUAGGUUGUUAGAAAUGUAUAGAAUUGAAUGUGUGGAAAUAAAUGAUGAUGAUAUGAAAUGUUAAUAUGAAUCAACUAAUUGUAGUGGCUAGUCAGCCCUAGUUCCCGCAUAGAGUAGGAUAGAGUGUCAUGCGGGCAGGCUGGUCUAGAGUCACUUCACUGAGUAACUUGUUGCUCAUCCCUCCCUUUCCAUUUUCCUGUGCGCAGGACUGUAAGUAGAAGUAUAUGGAUGUGGGUGUGACUAUAUUUCAAAGAAGGUUAUGCGUCCGUCGACUCUUGGGACCAGUAACGGGACACAUAUGGUUGUCUAAAUGAGUAGACACGUGUCCAUAACGCCCUUUCGAUAACCCCGGUCGGACGCCGGGGGAUUGGACCGUUACAAUUGGUAUCAGAGCGGGUUAAGAUCCCUUAGUUCUGUCCUAAGGGGUCAGCAUUUCCGACGUUUUCAAAAAAAAGAAAAAAAAAUGUUUUCAUUGAAAGAAAAGAGUUUGUGAAAGUUCUGAUUCUUCUAGGAGUUGUGAAACGAUUUCAAAACCACCCACCAUAUCUAUACGUCUAUUACGGUUUUGAUCAGAUCCAUUUUAGGGCAUCUCCAACCCUACUCCAUUUUCAACUACAAACAUCAUUAUGGAGUAAAAUCUUCUUCAACCCCACUCCAUUUUCAACUCCAAAAUGGAGUAAUGGCUAGGGUUACUCCAUUUAUGGAGUAAUCUUACUCAUUACUCCAUUUUGGAGUUGAACUUUUUUUAUUUAUAAAAUGGUCCUUUGAAUCUUUAAUGUUUUUAUUUCUUACUUAAAUAAUAUUUAAAAUGAUACAAUAACAUGAAAAUAAUAUAUUCCACAAAGGAUUAUUUAAUAAUUUUAAAUAAAUGCAUAAAAUAACAAAAAACAUAAAUAAUUAAAAUAAAAAUAACAUAAAAUAAGUAAUUAAUAAUCUGGAAAAUCUGUUCCGAAUCCGCUAAGGUCGGUGAAAUAUUGCCCAAACGGAGAAGUCUGAGAAAGAGCUUGUUGAUCUUGUGAUUCAGCAUUUCGCUUUGAUAUUAUUUGUAUUUGUUGAGCUUGAAUAUACGCACGAACAUUUGGAUCUUGUAUGGAACUCAAAUCACAAAGCAAAUUUUUGUUUUAUUCUUUGACUGCAAGAUUUUGCUUUUGAGUCUCCAUAUGGUGAAUCCUUUCUGUGCUUGUCUUCUUUAAUUGUUCCAUGAAUUGUUUAUUUCUUUCUUCUAAAGUUUUUAUAACAGUUGAUGAUUGAUCAUCAAGCUUUCUUUUCAUUUUUGACUUUUUCACCCCACUUGGACGUUUAGAGGAAGAUCUACUCAUAAUCUCAUCGUCAUCGUCUAAGUUUGGAGAAAAUGAAAACAAACCUGGAGAUACUUGUGUUGGAUAAUUAAUGACAUGAUCAUUAGGAGAUGUGGCACCAUCCAUAAACUUUUCAAAAAUUUUAAUCAUAUUCCAAACAUGAUCAAAUUUCCAACCCGUUUUGAAUUGUGGAUCUUCACUUAACAUUAUCUUGGCUUGAUUAAACUGCAUAUCAUUAAGAACAAAAAUCAAUAAUUUAAAAAUCUUUAACGAAAUUAUAAAUUAUAUAGUAAUACUUACAAUAUCAUUAUUCGAAGCACCACUAGGACGUCGAUUUUCGCAUUGUCUGAUGCAUGCAUGCAAUUUUUUUGUUGCUUUUUCAAUAGUUUGAAUUCAAGAUUGCACAGAUCUUUUUGUACGCUCACACCAAGUUAUCUUCCUUCCAUUUUCGUAACCUUUCAUCACACGGGACCAAAACACAUCAGAUGACUGAUAUGCACCUUUAAUUGGAUCUUGAGAAAUUUCCAUAUAAACUUCACAUAAAAGUUUAUCUUCUUCUUGAGAAUAUCCAGAAGAUCGAAUAGACAUUUUAUUAGUAGAGUGUAUAUAUUUUAAAAUAUUAUAUAUGGUGCAAGAAACACCAAUAUUUAUAAACGAAAAAGAUCUCUAAGCCAUGCUAUCGUGAAUAAAUUUUGCCAGUUUUCAAAAUGUGAUUUAUUUGUGGUCAAAAUAUAUUUUUCUAUGUCAUGCAAUCGUGACAAAAUUUUGUUAGUUUUCGAAAUGUGAUUUAUAUGUUAUGCAAACGUCAAACUUUCUUUUUCUAUGCCAUGCAAAGAUCAAACUUUCUUUUUCUAUGCCAUGCACAAGUUUACAAAGUCGUGAAUAAAUUUUGUUGGUUUUUCAAAAUAUGGUUUCUUUAACAUGCAAAGGUCAAAAGAUUUAUUCAAAGUCAGUCAGUCAAAAAUGUCAUACAAAACAUGGUUUCCAUGCCAUGCCAUGCACCAAUUGAACUUGGAAGAGAAGCUCCACCUCCGGAUAUCGAAAUUGCAGAAGAUGAAAAUGUCCGAUUUCAAAAUUUUCUUGCUCGAUUUAGGAAUAUCAAAGAUAAAGAAGCUCAUUUUUCAUUACGAAAUGCAUUAGUUGAUCAUUUGUGGGAAAAAUAUUCUAAUGCUCAUUGUUGAACCCACAUAUAUGUUGUCUUUUUUUAAUGAUUUCUUGUACUUUUUAAUAAUAAAUAUUUAAUUCAAAUAAUUUAUGUUUUAAUUAUUUAUUGUAAAUAUAAAAUAGUUGGGGUUAAUUGGUAAAUUUUUAUAAGUAUAAGAUAUUAUUUGCAAUUAUUGAUAAAAUAAAAAUGAAAUCAUUUAAGAAAUAUUAUUUUUGGAGUAGAAAAUGGAGUAAUACAUUGGAGUAAAACUUUACUCCAUUUUGGUGUUGCACCAUUUUGGAGUAAAAAAUGGGGUAAUACAUUGGAGAUGCUCUUACUUGUAGAUUUUUUUUUUUCUAAGCUUAAUUCAUUCUUUGGUUUUAAACGAUCCUGAGCAAAGUUGUUCUCGCCUUAUAUGCCUCCCUUGUAUGAUAUGUGAUUGUGUGAGUCCAUUUCGAAAUCGGAUGUUAAGUUCGGAAGUUUAAGGCUUGGAAUUCGGGGACGAAUUCCGAUUAACAGGGGAGAAUUGUAACGGCCCGGUUCCUAGCCCAAAAAAAUCUUAAGGAGAGCCCGUUAGGACUGCAGCCCAUUAGGGUUAAUGACCUAGGAUUCCCUCCUUUUCCUAUAAAUGAAGCUGCCUCCUCUUACUUUCUCUCGUUCUGAAACUUGAGCGAAGCUCUGCAGAGAUUUAGAGAGACUAGGAAACGCUAACCGUCAAGCUUCUCUUUUCCGUUUCUCUCUUCUUCUCUCACGCCUCUCUUUCUCUCUCUCUCUCUUUUCUCUUUCCAUUGGAUCUCUUCCUCUCUCCUCGCCGCGAGUCCCCCCGAGAGCAAGCCGAGCCGCCGGUGGGGGUGGUGGUGGUCAUCCAAGUGGUGGUGGGGUGAUCGUCCGAGUGUGGUGAUGGUGGUGGCUGUGUGGUGUUGUGGUGGUGACCAGAUCUCGUCUCUCUCUUGUUUACUUGUUCCAGAUCUGUUCAGAUCUCCUCUCCCUUGUCUAUUGUUUCCAGAUCCGGAUCCAGAUCUAGGCUAAGGUGGAGUGUCUUGAACCCAUCUUGUUCCCAUGUAAUGUAUACUCCUUUAUGUUGGAGUUAGGUUUGAUUAAACUCUGUUUGAGAGUUAGGAUGAUAGAACAUGGUUAUUACUAGGUUGAUAGAUGAAUGGAUCAUGAUGCAUAAGAACCCUCAUACUGUUAAAUGGGACUUAAUGAACUGUCUUGUGUUGUUGUGGUGAUGAUUGAUUGGUAAUGGAUACUUGUAUGUUUGGAUGUGUAGUCCCAUGAGUGGUUUGUGAUUAAAGCUAGGAUGCUAGAAAGAAGUGAAUGCUAAGAUGAUAGAUGACUACUGAUUGUUAAUGAUACUGUAAGUGAAACCUGAGUGUGAUGUGUAUUGUGUGUGACACCGAUAACGGGUGGCGUCUAGUGAAUGAGUUCAAGUACGAGUCUAAGUGUAAAGGAAAGUGAAUGAGAAUGAUAAUGAGAAUGGAUAAGUGAAAGUGAAUAAGGAUGUGAAAGGAUAAGUGAAUGUAUAAGUGAAUAACGUUAAGGUUACGCAUGGGUUGGGAAAUCAUAUAGAGUCUAGAGGGAGUACGUGGGGUAGUAGUUCUACGCUAGGCAUCCAUAGGAGCUGUGGUGGAAUCCACAAGAAUAUGGAGGCACCCAUAGGAGCUGUGGUGGAAUCCACAAGAAUAUGGGGUAGAAGUCUAGCGAGAGCUACCCACGG